GGUUAUAUCCUUUGUCGUGACCUCAUGGUUUAAGUGGGAAUAAAGAUGAGUAUAAGCAGUGAUGAGGUUAACUUCCUGGUAUAUAGAUACUUGCAAGAGUCAGGGUUUUCUCAUUCAGCAUUUACAUUUGGUAUAGAGAGCCAUAUCAGCCAGUCUAAUAUAAAUGGUGCUCUGGUGCCACCAGCUGCUUUGAUUUCCAUCAUCCAGAAAGGUCUGCAGUAUGUAGAGGCUGAAGUCAGUAUUAAUGAGGAUGGUACCUUGUUUGACGGUAGGCCAAUAGAGUCUCUCUCACUGAUAGAUGCAGUAAUGCCUGAUGUGGUACAAACAAGACAACAGGCCUACAGAGAUAAACUUGCACAACAACAGGCAGCAGCUGCCGCUGCUGCAGCUGCAACUAAUCAACAGGGAUCUGCGAAAAAUGGAGAAAAUACUGCAAAUGGCGAGGAGAAUGGAGCACACACUAUAGCAAAUAAUCAUACGGAUAUGAUGGAAGUGGAUGGAGAUGUUGAAAUCCCUCCUAACAAAGCAGUGGUGCUGCGUGGUCAUGAAUCUGAAGUAUUCAUCUGCGCCUGGAACCCCGUUAGCGACCUUCUGGCCUCAGGAUCUGGAGAUUCAACAGCACGGAUAUGGAACCUCAGUGAAAACAGCACCAGUGGCUCCACGCAGCUGGUACUCCGACACUGUAUACGAGAAGGUGGGCAAGAUGUACCAAGCAACAAAGAUGUGACAUCCCUGGAUUGGAAUAGUGAAGGUACACUUCUAGCAACCGGGUCGUAUGAUGGAUUUGCAAGGAUAUGGACUAAAGACGGUAAUCUUGCCAGCACCUUAGGGCAACAUAAAGGACCUAUAUUUGCAUUAAAAUGGAACAAGAAAGGAAACUUCAUUUUAAGUGCCGGAGUGGACAAGACCACAAUUAUUUGGGAUGCCCAUACCGGAGAAGCCAAGCAGCAGUUUCCCUUUCAUUCUGCACCAGCAUUAGAUGUUGACUGGCAGAGUAACAACACAUUUGCUUCUUGCAGCACAGAUAUGUGUAUUCAUGUCUGUAAAUUAGGACAAGAUAGACCCAUCAAAACCUUCCAGGGUCACACAAAUGAAGUAAAUGCAAUCAAAUGGGAUCCGACUGGUAAUCUUCUGGCAUCCUGUUCUGAUGACAUGACUUUAAAGAUCUGGAGUAUGAAACAAGAUAGUUGUGUCCAUGAUUUACAAGCACACAACAAAGAAAUUUAUACUAUCAAAUGGAGUCCUACAGGACCAGGAACAAACAAUCCAAAUGCCAAUCUUAUGUUAGCAAGUGCAUCCUUUGAUUCUACUGUUAGGUUAUGGGAUGUAGACAGAGGAAUUUGCAUCCACACUUUAACGAAACAUCAAGAACCUGUAUACAGUGUAGCUUUCAGCCCUGAUGGCAGGUACCUGGCCAGUGGCUCUUUUGACAAAUGUGUUCACAUCUGGAAUACACAGACAGGUGCUUUAGUUCACAGUUAUCGGGGAACAGGAGGGAUUUUUGAGGUUUGCUGGAAUGCAGCAGGAGACAAAGUUGGAGCAAGUGCUUCAGAUGGUUCAGUUUGUGUAUUAGACCUACGGAAAUAGCGCUACUAGUUGGAAGCCAUGGACCGACUAUGAAUGUGUACAUAGCCAAAAUGACUGUCCCUAACCCAUGUACUGCUAUAGUCCCAAUUGAACCAUGGCCAGUCCAGUACAGCCAAACCUAAAAGAAAUAUAUACAUAUACUGUAUAUAAAAUAAAAUAAAGAUUACACCCUGAAGAGGAUGACAGAGUUUUGUCACAGCUUGUGAAUCCUGUUCACCAAGUGCUGGAAUCUGCUGUGCCCCAAAAUAACAUUUAGAAGUUUUGCGUAUGAAAAACAGAAGAGAGAGAAAUAUACCAUACAAGAGCAGACCAUACAUGUACCAAAUUUGGAAGAUACUAAUGACAGCCUUUAUUUCUCCCUUUUUAAUCCAGAGUCACGAUGGUUUGUGGUUUUGUUUCCCCUCCCCCUUCUCAGUAGUUGAACAGUUUGCGUGUACAGAGAAAACGGACUUGCAUAAACCUGCAGCGGUAUUUUGUUCUUUGCUUUUAAACAUUGUUUUUUUUGUUUCAUUUUGGUUAAGUUUACGGAUGCAUGAAGUAAGGGAGUGAAUCGGUUCCUUGUUUAUAUUUUUUCACCUUUAAACAGAGUUUCUUUUAAAAUAUAUAUAUUUUAAUGCAUUAUUUCAAGAGGUAGAGUGAACUUGAUAUUUGGUACAUUCUGUGGCUCCGAGAGCACAAUUUUGAGGGGGGCGGGAGGGUGGAAGAUGGGUGACUGGGGGAGAGAAAAAAGAAACUCACCUCUGAGACAUGACGUUUCAUGUCCUGUUAAUCUAUAAAGUACGUCAGCAAUGGGUAUAAUGUUGUGGAUUUUUUCUAAUGACAUGGCUGAAAUGCAGUAGUUUCUUAUUUGGGACAUAAUUCUGCCAAACUUAAGAAUAGAAGGGCGCGCACACACACACACAAAAAUACAGGGAUGCAAAUAAAUAAAUAAAAAUAUGCAUCUUCUGUUGCUUUGAGACCAUAGCUAAAUUAUGGUUAAAUUGUGCACUAUUGUGAAAAGGAGCAAAAUGUAGUUUUUUGGGGGGGAGGGGGGAGUUGGUUGAUUGGUUGUUUUUUUUGUUUUGUUUUGUUUUUUAAAAGAUUAAAAUCUUUUUGGACGAGGGUUCAUGCCACAGCUUCUACAAGAGUUGCCCAUCAUUGUUCGUAGGAGCUCAGAUAUCUAAUGUAACCAAAUUCCAGUAUUAAAAGUAUCUAAUGUAAUUUUUCUUUAUACAAAAAAAAUCUUUGGCAUAUAUUUGAUAACACUGCCGUUAUCAGGCAAAAUGUUUACUACCUUAGAUUUAAAAAAACCUUAAAAACAGAGGACUUGCUUCAAGUUUAUUUUAAUAGCAGUGAUUCAGCUUAUUUAAAAGAUGAAUACUUGCACUAAUUCCCCUGCUGCUCCAGUCCUGCAGUUUGUUGUAUCUUGUGACUACAUUUUUUUCCAAAUAUAAGGUAGAUGUAAGCUGCUAUUUUUUUAAUAAUCACUACUAUAUUGUGUCUUUUACUCUGUUUACAAUAUCAAAUAUUUUUCUUACAGCGACAUAUAUAAGCGGCAAACCUUUUUCUGCUCAUGUGAUUAAAAGUAUAUUGAUAGUGAUUUUAUUUGUAAAUUAUAGCAUGAGGGUCGUGUUUAUGCCUAUAUGGAGUUGAAAGGGUUUUGUCUCGCAUAAGAUUCCAGGCGUAUAAAUCUCUAUAAAAAGAGGUUGUCAAAUCUAUGUCACAAACAUUUUACUUAAGAAAUGGUUUAUAUUAUAAAGCUUUGCAAAGUUAUCAGUUUUAUAACACUAUUUCAAUCACAAAUUAAUUUUGUGGCUUACGAUCGCUUAACUUUAACUUUCUGUAGUUAAGUAUAAAUUGAUUUAACCCAAAUAAUGCAGCUUUUACAUUUUAACAGAAUUGUUCUUUAGGCAUUGAUUUCUGCUAUUGCCACAGACUAACAUGACUUGAAGCAAGUCUGAGUUUGGCUAAGGUAGGGUGGCAGUUUGCCGGUGGUAAAGAGAAUACAUACAUUCAUAAUAUGUACCCCAGUUAUUACCAGUGGGGCUGAUAAUAUUAUAAUACACUGAAUUUAAAAACAACCAAACAUUCAUAUCCAUAAAGGCAGUCAUCCAUGAUGGUUCUGUGCCAGCUAUUUUUAGGGUUUUGGAACAUAUUACUGUUUAGAACAACUACCCUGUGAGCUACAAUAUGUAGGAAACCUAAUAAGUUGAGUGUCUGGCACUUGAAAUAUUGCUUUUAUUGCUGGAGGUCCAUGAUUGUGGCUGACCUCUGUCAUUAUUAAGAAAAAAUAAAAAAAAAUCUGUGCAAUAAUUUUAAACUGUGCUCCCAGGAAUAGACACAAAUGUUUUGAGUAUAUUUAAGCUGCAUUUUUCCUUUAGCAAUGCAUUUGUCGAUUGCACUGAAUUUAAAUUGAAAGUCAGAGGUGAUUCUUGAUAGUACUUUUGUAUUUUAAUAUGGACAGUUUAUUCAUUUUCAUACAAGUUAUUGGAUGGUUGUUUCAGCGAAUUAAAAAAAAAAUGUUGUGGAAUUCUGUGACAUAACUGCAAAACCACAGCCAUGUUUGAUGGUAUUGCCACUUUUCUUUUUCUCAAUCUUCAGCUGUUUUAGUUUUGAGUAAUUCUAGUUGCUUAAGCAUAAUGUCAAGUAUCCAUAAUUAGAAAAUACAGAGCUUCGUUACCACAGGACUGUGGAUUUUCAGAUGUUUGUACACACUGCAGGAAUAUCAGUUUCAUAGGCCUGGGUAUCUCUGGAUACAUGAGCCAGACAUUAAGCUGGUGUGAAUCAGCGAUGCUCUGCUGCAGUGGAGCUAUGAGGAUCUGGCCAGUAUAUUUUUUGCUGCUGUUCUUUAUCAACAUGCCACAGUGCUGCUCCUGUUCUGCACAAACUUCCUCUUGUCUUGUGUAUUAUACAGUGUUAGCCAUGUGCGUGCAUAAUGCUUAUUUCCAUGUUUUAUGCGAGGCAAGAAGGCGUACCAUGGUCAUUAGAUUCUUUUCUAGUGCUGAGACUCGUAUAUAGUAGAACCAAGUAGAUUUUCCACACUCCUCCCUUUAAGGGGUACAUGCCUAAUAUUAUUAAGGCCCCAAUUCUGUGAAGACUUAAGCACGUUUAACUUUACAUGCUAAAUGUCCCACUGAAGUCAAUGGGGCUGCUCCCAGCAUGUGAAGUUAAACGUGUAUAAAUCUUUGCAUAUGUUUAUAAGUCAACAUUUUUUCCAGCAGAGUGAAUUCUUGGGAAGGAACUUUAGUUAGGGAAAACUGGGGUCAAGUUUAUUGAUGGGUUGAGGCACGGGUUGCUGUCAUGUUUGCAAUCUUUUUUUUUUUAUCAUCAACUUAGUAAUUUCUUGUUUCCCAUUUCUGUAUAAGGAGUUCCAGGUCUUCCUGGAGAUACCAUUUUCUAUUUUUACUUUGGCUCCUGUGAUUUAAAAUUGAUGUAAAAAGUCUUGAUAAUUCUAUUUGGGGAAUACUUCUUUACGGGGUUAAAUGGUGUGUCUGACAGAGGACUGGAACUCUUGUAUGAAAUACGAAAAGUGCCUCUCUUUCUGGGUUGGGGGAAGGAAGUAAUAAUUACCAGAGUUUGAAUGACAUGACAGUUGAAAACAUGUUCCUGGAUUUUAGGACACUUUAGUGAAUCUUAAGAGAAAGGCCAAAGAUUUGUACCAACUUUAAUUUUUAUGUUUUUAAAUGCAUUCCUUUUUCCUUACACUGCUUACCUCAUGUUAGGGUAUUUAAGGAGACAUUGCUGAUUUUAAAGCGUUCUCUAUCUUUAGGAAGUGUAGUAGGUACAAUAGGACUGUUGUACCAGUUCGCGUUGGCUAUAGAGCAAUCUAACAACUAAUGAAUUUAAUUCUGUCAUAUAAAGGAACUUCAUUAGAAUUGCAAAAGUGGCUUUUCAGCUUGUAAAUUAAAGGUUGUAUGUUUCCUCUGUUUACUAAAGAAAAGACAUAGGGGCCAAUUUUCCAGUCCUUACUCAGUCUAAAAUCCCAUUGACUUUUUCACUUCAGGGGGAAGCUUUUGCCUAAGUAACCAUUGGAGGAUUGGGUCCUUCUAAGUAUUGGACAAUGUGACACUUAAGUAUAAUGCGCCAGGAAAAACUUAGUGAGAAUUUUGCUUGAGCAAACUCUGCAGGAUUUAGCUCAGUAUUCCAUUUGCUUGGCAAGUAGUACUCUCCUACAGACUUCUUCUUCCUACCGAAAAUGCCUGUAGAACUUCUAUGAAGAGGGAUCUCCAGUAGUCUGCACAAAGCAGGAGCAAUAUUGUGGCAUGUUGGAAGAAAGUACUGGUUUAGGAGAUGGCAGUAAAUCUCCAUGAAGAGGCCUGGCAUUUUCCCUGGUGAAGAGGAAGGUGUGAUCCAGUUUUCACUCCUUCCUCUAGUGCAAACUCUGAAAUACCACGUUCAAUAGUGACUUUUUCAACAUUAAUAUGAUUGAAGGCAGACAAAACAACAGAAAAGUGCACCGUUUCUUUUUUAAAAUUGCAGAUUUUGUGUUAAUAGUGCUUCAGCUCCGUAGUUUUUGAAGAGCUACAAAAUUCUCCUCUUCCUCCUUUAAGUUUCCAGGGUUGAGGCCUGAUGAUAACUUAGGACAUUAAUUACUUUUUUCUUUUAAAUAACAAGCAUUUUUACUUCAGAAUGGUUUCCUGCCAUUAGAGGGUAAAUUCAGAAAAACAGUCUGCAUGUUGUUGCUAGUCCAGUGUACUUUGCAAUCUUGUUUCACAACAGACUGCAGUGUGCAGAUCAGUAAUCCUAGAAUACAGACAUCAUUUUUUCUCUCUCUCCUGACAUUCACAUUGUAGUUGUAAUGGUUUCAUUUUGAAGUUACAAAUCCUUUGGGUCUAAUUCUGUGAGCCUUCCUAUAGCACUGGAUUAAAAUGUCUGCAUCAUUUCUUCAGUUAUCCAGUUAAACUACAAUUGUUGUAAAAGUGUAAACCAGCCCAUGACAGUUUUUUGUACUUGUUUAAAGGACUUUUAUUGUUCAGUUUUCAUGAUUAUUGUCUAAAGAAGACUGAUAUAGAUGUUCUAUACUGUCCUGGACCAUGUUAAUUACACUAUGAUGUUAUUUUGGUUCUACAUCACAAUGAUUUGUCCCCAAAACCCAUAUCCCUUCUAGGCACAUUUUCUGUUGCAGUUUCCCUUUGCAUUGUAUUGCUCUGACAACUGUAAUUUGAAUCAGAUCUGAAAGAGGUCCAGAAUAAAAUAUAUUUUGAUAUUA